UUGUAUUUGUGUCGGAUUUAAAUUCAAAACAUUUUUAUCUCUUGUUUUGCGUCUGUUUAUUAAAUAGUAUUUAUAUUUUUGCUAAAUCAAAAGCUAUAUUUUGUUUUGAUGUCGGAGUAAGAAUGUUCGUUUCCUUCCGUUAGUCAGACGCUCCGCAGCCUUUACCCUGUUAUUAUUGGACGAACUUGUAUAGUUUUUCGUGUGUAUGGUUUGAAGCGGUGGCUGGAUCCACCACUGUGAUCGGUGUGUGGUGAAGUAUAGAACGGUGCUGCGCGGCUCGACAAUCACCCGGAUAAAUCCACAAACUCUUUGAAAUAGCGCCCGUGAUUCCUGUUCAACGAAACUCGGGUUUUAUUCGAUGCGGAGCGGAAGACCGAUCUAAGACAAAGGAGGCCCGAGUGUCAGAGGCCGCGGCGGCCCGAGCCACGCGCAGGUUACAGCAGGAACGGAGGCGACAACAGGACAAACAAAAGGAAGGUGUUUCCUGAGCGGGGGGCGCUGCAUCUUCGUUAAAAAAAAAAACAAAACAAAAUAAAAUCAACUUCAGCUAGCGGCGCGCGGCUCCCGCUCCGGUGUGCGCCGUGUGAGUGACGGGAGGAGGUCACGGGCUCGCGCCCCCGGCGCGCUCCACGCCGCUCUGGAUUGGCGGCUGCUGAUUGGUCCUCCCGACGCCGCCGCAGCGCCUCCUCUCUAAAACCUCGUCACCGCUGCCCGACUCCCAUUUACCUCCCGAGAAGCAGCCGAACAGCAGCCCUGAGUCCGCGGAGCCGCCGAUGGCAGCCAACUAGCAGACUGUAAUACUUGGUGGCUGGUCUGUCUUGUGCGGUCGUGUUUCCAUGGUCCCGGUGACCCGGCGGCUGACCUGCUGUUCCUGUGUGGCAGGGACCCCCUGAGCUUUUCUGUGACCCCCCUGGUGUAUGGAAAGAGUCCUGGAUGGACGUGGGCGACAGCAGCUGGUCCAUGGUCAAGCGCGAAGUGUCCAGCAGCCCAGGCUCGCCGGCUGACCACAGCUACCUGACCGGAGAGAGCCGCCGGAGCGAGGGCCACACCCCGGACCAGCUGCACGAGCCGCUCCGCUGCCCGGACGGCCGCUCCCUACACUCCUAUGUCCCCUUCGGACACCACGCCGCCCCGCUGACCCCGGCGGAGGACCUGCCUCUCUUCACCGACCUGGACCAGGGCGGGAAGCUGGUCCUGUCCGGCGGCACGCACUGCAAGGCGGGACUGCUGGUGGACCCGGCAGACAUGUACCAGACCCUGGCCAUCGCCGCCGCCCAGAGCCAGACCGGGUACGAGUCCUCGUCCGGGGGCUACCUGCACUCCAACACCAACUCCCCCGUCUACGUGCCCAGCACCCGGGUGGGCUCCAUGAUCCCCAGCCUGCCGUACUCGGGGCAGCCCUCGGUCUCCAGCCACUCGGUCUGGUCCCAGACCCCCACCACCGGCCCCGAGAGCCCCUCCUACAGCGCCGGGAGCCCGCACACCUCCAGCCGCUUCCACUACCCUCCGAGCCCGCCUCUGAAUAACGGCAGCGCCAGGGACAUUGGCUACAGCAACUCGCUGAACAGAGACCAGUACGGUUUGACUCGGCCCCUGACUGGACCUUACCCGAGUCCCUACACCCCCUAUGUGGCACCGCAGCUGUCCUCGCCGUGGAGCGGAGGAGCUUUCGAGAACACCAUGCUGCACACCCUGCAGAGCCGAGGGGCGCCCCUCAUCCGGGGGCCCAACGGAGUUGCAGACAUCCUGGACGACAUGGGCGAGAGCCGGGAGUGCGUCAACUGUGGCUCCAUCUCCACGCCGCUGUGGAGGCGCGACGGCACCGGACACUUUCUGUGCAACGCCUGCGGCCUGUACAGCAAGAUGAACGGCCUGAGCCGGCCGCUCAUCAAGCCCCAGAAACGCACCUCGACGUCCAGGAGAAUCGGCCUGUCGUGCGCCAACUGCCAGACCAGCACCACCACGCUGUGGCGGAGGAACGCGGAGGGGGAGCCGGUGUGCAACGCCUGCGGACUCUACACCAAGCUCCACGGGGUUCCACGGCCGCUGGCCAUGAAGAAAGAGGGGAUCCAGACCAGGAAGAGGAAACCGAAAACCCAGAACAAAACCAAAGGAUCGUCUGGAAACAACAACAACAACAACAACUCUGUCUCCAUGACUCCCACCUCCACCUCUUCAUCCAACUCUGAAGACUGCUCCAAAACCAGCUCGCCCUCCGCGCAGGUGCCCGGGGUGAGCUCCUCUGUGCUGUCCAGCUCCGGCGAAGGGUCCGGCUCGGACUCGGCGGUCAAGUUCCCGGGUCAGGACAGCUUGUACUCCAGUCUGUCGCAGCCGUCCGACGUGGUGCGGGGCGAACCCUGGUGCCCCAUGGCUCUGGCCUGAACUGGCCCAGGAGGACAGCGUUUCCUGGACUUGUCGCCCAGCGGUGUCACAGAAGGACCUGGGAGACACGUUGGACCCCCACCAGACGGAGCAGGAGCCGUGAGACCUCUUCCCCUAUCGGGAAAUACGGAUUUAAGUUUUGGUGAAGAGAGGCGGCUCCUGGAGACGAGGUCGGGCAGCCAGCCAGCGGCCGGUCCGUGGACCAUCUCACCCACCGAGGGAUCAGAACCAGCGACUCGGCUCCUUCAAGCCGUCGUGUACAUAAGACUUGUGCUAGAUUCAAGCGCUUCACCCAGCGCUGUCGUCUCUAAGGACUUUAGCUUCCCCACAACUGGAAUCACAAGACAACUUUUAUCAAUCAAAAGCUAAAAAUAAAUAUUUAUGAAUCUUCAAUUGUUAAAAAAACAAAAGCACGAGGCAAUGAUUGUGAUGAAAUAUCAGAGUAGAGUAGAAGCUUUUUUAAUUCUUUCAAGUGUUUUUCUCAAAGAGCGGUGUUGAGCCCUCAGAGCUCUUACUGCAGGAGACUAUUGUGGUGUAAACAGGGUAUCGAUGUCGUCGUCCAGUGUUUUCAGGCCGAAUUGCUGACGUGUCAGAUGAUGGCGAGAAGGUACGUCUGUCCGUGUGUUGCCAGACCAGCCAAAGUCCAUGUUGAAAGACUCACCAAAGUGUACACCGCUUUCCCAAUCCCUCCCCCUCCCCCAGUCCGGACCUUCAGGGGAAGGGAGUUUUGGAGCAGAAACUGGAUUCUGAGCGUCAGAGUCAGCCGAUGACGACUGAAAAAUCCCCCUGGUGUGAAGCCGUCCAUCUCGCCGUCAAACCAAAGCAUUUCUGGAACAAGCUUUUCAUAUUCCCGGACUUAUUUAUUUUUUCAACUCGUUCAACGUUUUUGCAUUGUUUUACCAUUUGUCGUCGGUUUUCUCUGAAACAUUUAAAGAAAUUAUUUUUAUUUAAAUCCAGUCCAAUAAAUUGAUUUGGUGACAUAAGUGAAAUAAUCUUCCUGGUUUGGGCCAAAAGUUGCCAACACGUUGAAGGUGGACGCUCGCGAUCGUGGCAGUGGUUUAGCAAAGAGGUUUGACUCUGUCUGGAACAACAAAUAAGCAGUUUUACAACAACUAGCUUAGAUGCUGACUCAGCACAAUAAAAUACACCUUAUUUAAAUGAAGAAUCGUCAGUUGAUCCACCAACAUCCCCCUUAUUUCAACCAAAACCUCAAAACUGGUCACUGCAUUAGCAAGUCGUCUUUUUCCCUAAAUCACGAGCUGAGCUUUGUUGUGCUAACACCAAUAAUUUAAGGAAGAAUUGUUGAGGGGGAGAUGUUUAUCAAAGUGUCACCUGUGUAUCUCAGUGUUGGGAAAACAAUCCAAUCUAUGUUUUGGGGUUUUUGCUGAGUCAUGAGUCAUAGCCUCCAUAUUUAUUUUGUUAGAUCAGUUUCAUCAAAGUCCAGAUAACCAUCCUACCUGUGGCACCAUUUGGAAACACUAACACAAACGCAUCGUAUGGAAAGGA